UCUAUUGGAGAUGUUGAUUCAGUUAGAUCUCUUGAUAUGAGCCAUAACCAUCUUUCAUCUCACUACUAUGCUGAGAAUAACAUUGACCAUGCACGACGGAAAGGGUUUAAAAUCAUAAUGACAACCAGCCUAUCAUCUGAUGUACCUGUUGGCUAUUUUUCUUGGGCUGAGUAUGACAUUAUGGCACCGAUGCGACCCAAGACUGAAGAUCCCAUUGCUGCUGCGUUUAUUUCAAACUGUGGGGCACGAAAUUUCCGUCUGCAAGCUCUUAGUAUGCUUGAAAAGAUGGAUGUCAAGAUAGGUUCAUAUGGAAGCUGUCACAAAAACCUUGGUGGUAAUGUGAACAAAGUAGAAACCUUAAGGAGAUACAAAUUCAGUUUGGCUUUUGAGAAUUCUAAUGAGAAGGAUUACGUUACAGAGAAAUUCUUCCAGUCUCUUGCUGCAGGGGCAGUCCCAGUGGUUAUUGGCGCCCCGAAUAUUCAAGAUUUUGCUCCCUCUAAUGAUUCUAUAUUACACAUUAAAUCUCUUGAUGACAUUCCAUUAAUUGCUCAGAAAAUGAAAUAUCUUGCAUCAAAUCCUGAAAAUUUUAACUACUUACUGAGAUGGAAGUAUGAGGGUCCAUCAGACUCUUUUAAUGCUCUAGUAGACAUGGCAGCCGUGAAUUCAUCUUGUAGGCUUUGCAUUCAUAUUGCAACUAUGAUCCACCAAAAAGAGGAAAGCAAUCCCCAUUUCAGAAACCGCUCAUGCAAGUGCCAAAGCAGCAAAGGAACUAUAUAUCAUUUGUAUGUAAGAGAGAGAGGUCGUUUUAAGAUGGAAAGU